AUGGAUACAAAUGUGUUCAUUAAUAACCCAUCUUUAACCUUACCUUUCUCUUACACCUUCACAAGUAGCAGCAACAGUAGCACAACGACAAGCACAACCACAGAUUCAAGCUCCGGUCAAUGGAUGGACGGUCGGAUUUGGAGCAAGCUACCUCCUACGCUUCUUGACCGUAUCAUCGCUUUUCUUCCACCUCCGGCAUUUUUCCGGUCACGUUGCGUCUGCAAGAGAUUCUACGGUCUUCUUUUCUCCAGCGCUUUCCUCGAGACAUAUCUUCAACUACUUCCUCUUCGACACAACUGUUUCCUCUUCUUCAAACACAAAACUCUGAAAAGCUACAUUUACAAAAGAGGAGGAACAAACGUUGAUGAUGAUUCCAACAAAGCUGAAGGCUUUUUGUUUGAUCCUAAUGAAAUCCGAUGGUACCGUCUCUCUUUUGCAUAUAUCCCUUCGGGGUUUUAUCCUUCAGGAUCAUCAGGAGGGUUAGUGAGUUGGGUCUCUGAAGAAGCUGGUCUUAAAACCAUUCUCUUAUGUAACCCUCUUAUUGGAUCCGUGAGUCAGUUACCACCAAUGUCAAGGCCAAGGCUUUUCCCUUCGAUAGGUCUCUCAGUAACACCAACUUCCAUUGAUGUUACCGUCGCUGGAGACGAUCUCAUAUCUCCUUACGCCGUGAAAAACCUUUCCUCGGAGAGUUUCCAUGUCGAUGCUGGCGGAUUCUUCUCUCUUUGGGCGAUGACUUCUUCUUUGCCAAGGCUUUGUAGCUUGGAAUCUGGUAAGAUGGUUUACGUGCAAGGCAAGUUUUACUGUAUGAACUACAGCCCUUUUAGCGUUUUGUCCUAUGAGGUUACCGGAAACCGGUGGAUCAAGAUUCAAGCUCCGAUGAGGAGGUUUCUCCGAUCUCCAAGCUUGUUAGAGAGCAAAGGAAAGCUUGUUCUCGUAGCAGCCGUUGAGAAAAGCAAGCUUAACGUUCCCAAAAGCCUUAGGCUUUGGAGUUUGCAACAAGAUAACGCCACGUGGGUUGAGAUCGAACGGAUGCCUCAGCCACUCUACACACAGUUCGCAGCGGAAGAAGGCGGAAAAGGAUUCGAGUGUGUCGGAAAUCAAGAGUUUGUAAUGAUUGUGUUAAGAAGGACUUCACUGCAGUUGCUGUUUGAUAUGGUGAGAAAAAGUUGGUUGUGGGUCCCACCGUGUUCUUACUCCGGCGGCAAUGUCGGCGGUGGUGGUUCAGACGGAGAGGUGCUGCAGGGUUUUGCAUAUGACCCGGUGCUUACUACGCCGGUGGUUAGUCUUCUUGAUCAGUUAACACUUCCAUUUCCUGGAGCCUGUUAG